GCGGCAGAGGGGGCGGUGGCCGCGGCGACGGCAGCCGUGACGGCGGCGGCGGAGCGGGGCCUCGGCCGAGGGGAAUGAGGCGGCCGCGGCCAGCCAGCGGCGGAGCCGUGUAGCGCAGUAGCGGCUCCCCCUCCCUGCUUCCCUUGGCCGAGCCGGGGGCGCGCGCGCGCGCGCGGCCGUCCGGAGCGGGCUCCCCACCCUCGACUCCCGAGACCCGCGCCGCACCCCCCAACUCGGGCCCGGAGGAUGAUGAAGCUCAAGUCGAACCAGACCCGCACCUAUGACGGCGACGGCUACAAGAAGCGGGCCGCGUGCCUGUGUUUCCGCAGCGAGAGUGAGGAGGAGGUGCUACUUGUGAGCAGCAGUCGUCAUCCAGACCGGUGGAUCGUCCCUGGAGGGGGCAUGGAGCCCGAGGAGGAGCCGGGCACCGCCGCAGUCCGUGAAGUCUGUGAGGAGGCUGGAGUAAAAGGGACAUUGGGAAGAUUAGUUGGAAUUUUUGAGAACCAGGAGAGGAAGCAUAGAACGUAUGUCUAUGUGCUCAUUGUCACAGAAGUGCUGGAAGACUGGGAAGACUCGGUCAGCAUCGGAAGGAAGCGGGAAUGGUUUAAAAUAGAAGAUGCCAUAAAAGUGCUGCAGUGUCACAAACCGGUGCAGGCCUCGUAUUUUGAAACGUUGAGACAAGGCUACUCAGCCAACAACGGCACCCCGCUCGUGGCCCCCACAUACUCAGUAUCUGCUCAGAGCUCGAUGCCGGGCAUCAGAUGACUGAAGAUUUCCUGUAAGAGAAGUGAAAAUUGGAAAUGAGACUGAAGUGCAGGUCUUCCCUCUCACCCUUGCUCUUUCACCUCUCCUCACAGGCCUCCUCUUUCAAAUAAGGCAUGAUGGGCAGCAGAGAAGGGGUUUAUUGAUAAUGUUGCUGUUUGGUGUUAAGUGAUGGGGCUUUUUCUUCUCUUUUUAUUGAGGGGGUGGGGGUUGGGUAUGUAAUUUGUAAGUACUUUUGUGCAUGAUCUGUCUCUCCCUUUUCACACCCCUACAACUCUUUAAAGAGGCAAACAGCCUUCCCUCUGCCUUGGAUUCUGAAGUGUUCCUGUUUGUCUCAUCCCAGCCCUGGCCAGAUUUUUUUUUUUUAUUAAAAGAUAUCCAAUAUGAGAUGAAACCUUUCAAGAAUUUGUCCCAUGAUGUGCUCUUCAGUCCAGUAGGUUGGUCACUUUCACUGCAGGGUGCAUUUAUCUACACAUUAUAUACUGGACAUAUAAUAUGUAAAUAAAUGACUUUUAGAAGAGGCAUUUGUUUUUUAAUUUUUCAAGGUUUUACUUUUUAAAUUGGGGUGUUUCUGAAGUGGAGAGCCUCACAAUUCAUUUGCUUUUUCAUUUUUGAUGCUAGUGGCUAGGUGAGUUUCCCCGCCCUCUCCUUUCCCCAGUUGCUGGUGUAGUUACAUAGGGUCCGGAAAGGGUUUAGCUACUUCAUAGUCUCCCAGGACUCAUGCCUUCUCUUCUCGAAGCUGUGUUUCCACGCCAAGAAAGAAACAGGAAGAAACCUAUUUUCUUUUUUAUUACCAAGCCAGGAGCAAAUGGCCUCAGCUCAGAUCCGGAGAAACAAUGCUAGAAAUUGAAUUCCUCCCUACGUGUUGACAAUAGGGAUUUGAACUGGAUUCUUGGGAUUACUAUCAAAAAAACUGGAGCGUCGAGCACUGUUUCUCUCCUGCUGGUUUGGAAGUUUUUUCCAUAAUGCUACUUACCGCCUACAGCGGCCUCUCUCCCUGUGCGUCCAUGCCUUACACUGCACGGAGCUGGACAUGGUCCUUGUGCCGGAAGCAUCCAGCUGUGCUUGGCAGGCGCAGCUGCACAGCCCUGUCCCAUUCUGGGUAACCAUGUUAUGUUCCUGAAAAGUACACAGGAGGAAAAUUCAGAUGUUUGCUUGUCUUUGUAAUGUUAUAGCACUUGUAAUUGCACCAUGGAGCAUGCUCAGAAAUAUUAAAUUUGUCUCCCACCAGGAUGUGAAAGGUCCAUCGUCUGCUGAGAAGUGGUACGGGAGAAUGCUUAAUCAUUUACUAGAACGGCUACAUAAUGCAUUGGCUCACUGCAGACUGUCUUGUUGGUUUUUGAUACAGGUUGGAUGCUGGCUUCAUUUGCCAGUUGUGUUGUUUAGUAGACAAGCACGCAGAAAAGGGUCUAGAGACUGAGGGUGGAGCGGGGGGACCCUGAUCAAUCCCUGGCUUUGAGACAGGAGUUUAUUGCUAAACUGUUAGUGGCAUCUCCUUUGUCAAAACACGGCUGAGAUGUGAAAUUAAAAUCGUAGUUCUCUUUAUUUAAAAAGUCUAAUAAAUACUCAAACUUUGAAAAACUUUUGUUCUUCCCUCCCGCUAAAAGAAAUGUGUAUAUCUGGUAGGCCUGGUCAUUUAAUGUUCAACGUUUUGGGGAACGUCAGUUGAACUUUAAUUUGCUAUCAAUUCUCAGUUUGCAUCUUCUCUCCCAGUCUUAAAACACAGAGCCAAAAAGCAGGGCUGGCAGUUUCCUUAGCACCACUCUACCUCUGGGAAAGGCAUCCUGUCCCUACGGAAGGGUCCCAGUGGAUAGAAAGCACCAUGGGAUUUGAGUCUAAAUGCCAACUCACUGUCCACGUGUUCUACUUGAAAUGAACACACUGCUACUUAUCGCCUGAUUUAGAGCAUUCUGGGGUUUUCUCCAAAUAAAUAAAAUGGACUGUAAAAUAAAUUGAACUAAGCACUAAAUGGAAUCCCCAAAACACAGUCUUCCAGAUAAAUUCUGCCUUUAUGAUACAGAAAGAGCUUUGCAGGAAAACAGUCAGUACUCCUGAAAUAGGAACUGCAGUGUUAAUAAUAAUUUGUGCGUUUUUAGUGAUCUGAAGUUUUCACUGGGCUGGUGUAAUAAUACACUACCCUACAAAAUCCAGUUUGGAUUGUUGUUGGUGUCUUUGGGUCAGGAACACGAACUGUGCCAAGAAGUAUUUUUUAGUCAUGAAUAGAUCCCAUUAAUGCAGUUAACUGGAGAGAUUGUGCUGCUGCUUCCUCAACUGACAAAAGGAGGCUUUGUCCAACACCAGAAUUGUUGAAACUGGUGCUUUUGUCUGCUGCACUGGGAUUCUGAUGGCCGGGGCUUGGUGUUUUUCCCUCCCUGGCACCGUCAGCACCAUGGCUGUCUCCUGAUGUGUGUAGAGCCCUGUCGUGAUAGGUUACUUGGACGCAUGGUCGCAGUAGCCUUUCUGUCUCCCCCAAAGAAAACAAAACAGAGAAAAGCACCAGGCUUACCUUACUUGCAGAAUGUUCCAACAACACUGAUUUGCCAUUAAUUCUGCAAGUACUUACCUUCUUCAGGCUUGGCAGAAACAGAUUCCUUCCUGUGUUCAGGGCAGACAUAAAGUCUCUUUCUUACAGCGAACGGACAUGUCUUAGAAUCUGACUAUUACUGGAGUGUCCAUUGGAGUCCAGCAUACUCAGGAUGGAGAAAGAUAGCGAUAGAAUUUUUUAAAUUUAAAUUUGUUCAUAAUUUGAAGCCCUUGGGGAAACAUCAGUGAGAUCAUGACUUUUUUUUUUGGAACAGGACUGUGUGUGUGUGUGUGUGUGUGUGUGUGUGUGUGUGUAAGAGAGAAAGAGAAGGACUACUAGGGGUCAACCACUUUGGGUUUUUUGUAGCCUCUAGGACAGUGCAGCCCAUGAAACAGAAGUCUUGAUUUUUCUCACAGCAAACAUCACAGGAUGGAAAAGUUGCAGGAUUGACUGUGGUUUUUACAAAUGUCUGCUGCCCUAUCUGCCCCGUGUGAAGAGGGCUCCCGCACUGCCGGGUCUGAGCUAAGGCCAUCUGGAGGGGUCAGAGGUGGGGAAGUAUUACCUGCUGGGGGUGCAGCAAAGCCUGGGAGGUGGCUUGGCCACAGGGCUUCCGCCCCCAGCAUUGCGUUGUGAGAGCUACGCAAAGGGAGGCCCGAGUCCUUGCUGCUGACAGCCUCCGUGAGUAGUGAGGGUCACUGCCCUCUGAGAGUGUUUGCAGUUUUUUGUACUCUUGUUGCUACAUAGUCAGGUUGCUUCAUGGCAGAGAAAUAGUUCUGUUUUGAUGUUGGGAGUCAGCCCCUGUAAAGUCUCUCACACUCUCUUAGAAGAAAUCACCUUGAAUUCUAGAAGGAAAAGUUCCCCACAAAACCACGCUUCCUCUUCCCCUUUCCUCCACGUACAGUGCUCGUUGGGGGCUGCUUCUGAACGUCCUCAGCCAGACGGCUCUUCUGCUGACCUGGGUGUGUUCCUCAUUCCCAUCCGGUGCUGUACUCACACCUCUGUUCAUCUCCCCACCUGAUCUUUUUUUCUUAAACAGCUUAGCCUGAGCCAUAUUUUUUUGUUUGUUUAGUUUAGUUUACAAAAAAGGCUUUAAUAACCACAAUGUGAUUUUUGCCACAACUGUAUGAUUUUUUAAUAUUUCCGAAGUGUUCUCUAAGCCCAUCCUAGUUAACAGUCAAUGAAGAACUAAAAUAACCCGGAGAAAUCUCCACGUGGAGGUAAAUUUUUGCUUCGAGAGAAGCAAGAGUUAGAUAGUGUAGCUUCAUCUUGACCCCAAAUACAGGCACAUCCAUAUCUUUUCAAAAAAACAGGAGACAUGCAGGACAGUCAGCUCAAGCAGUUCUAGGGAGAGGAGAUUGUUGGGGUUCAGUGAUGCAGGUGGCUCCUCAGGUUCUUGUUCUUGAAGACUUUAAAAGAGGUCAGUCCUGAGGCUGUGCGGUGCGUACUGCCCAGUUGGGGUGGGAGUUGUUCCUUCCGAGCCCCGAUGGGUUGGAGCCUGUUUCCACAAGGCUGUGCAGCCUUUGACCUUAGUGGUCCCAGCCUUGCUCCAUCAGGGCACCCCCUUCACCUGGAGUAGGUGGAAAAGUACCCCAGAGUCAGUCUCUGUGCUCUGGGGUGAGCUUGUCACAGAGUCCACACCAUCCCUAAGAGCUGUGUUUUCCAUGUCAACUUAGAUGUCACCUAAAGCAGUGAGACAUUCUAGAUUUUCAAGUAAAUUGUGAACUGCCAAAUACUGCAAUCUUUAGACUAUACUACAUCCUGUGAGGUCAUCACAAGUCCUGGGAACCUGGAGAUUUUAGGCUCCUUGGGAAGCCAGGAGCCUUCCACUUCUGCCUCUGAAAGGGCAGCUUCACACUCUGACAGACUUUUUCCAUUAGCUUGAUAACCUUUCAGGAUGGAGAAUGCCUAGUCAGGCCAUCUGAAAAAAUGAUACGUCUCACCUUCAGAUUAAUCCAAUUGUUGUCCUCCUAAUCCCCUUAAAAAUUAAUAAAUACAGAAAGAAAGAAAGAAUACCAUUUGGUGUUGAUUCUAACGGACUACUUGAGCUGAGGCCAACAGUCACAUGAUUGAUCUCAGGUGUCUCUGCAGCAUGAAGCUUCGGAGUGAAAAGGCGUGUCCCUGCCCUGAAGCUUUGUUUAUCGUGAUGAUUUGUGAGCCUGAGCUUGUCUUUGAGAAUGGGACUGUCCACCUGGCUAGGGGAGUGCCCAGGAAAGCCGCCUUGACUCAGAACUGAGCGCCCCAGGAGGGCCUCUGCAGGAGAGGGAAGUGCUUCUGGCUGAAAAGCAAGGGUAAUAUCUAGGAGGUAGCGAGUCACUGUUUCUGUUCCUCUGAUCAGUUGUUUAGUUAAAUAGGUUUCCUUCGGUUUACAUUCCCAGUUCUUAACCCCAAACAGGGGCCACUAGAACAGCGAAAAAGGCAUUUAACCCCCUGGAGAUAGGCUCUAAAAGAUACAAAGGCAGCGGUCUUGUCAUUUUCCAGGUUCAUCUCCAUUUCAAUGUGCUACCCAUCCUCCCACCCCUACUGCCGCCAGGCCAGAGAUUCUAUUAAUCCUUGAGUUGGGGAACAUAAAUUCUGGUCUGGAACACUUACCUACUAAAUGGCUCACCAUCUGUGAACUGUGUUAUCUGUGGGAUGAACCUUUCAAGGAACUUUCCAACAAUACAGUAACAUCGCUCGUGCGGGCUUGAGGUCCCAGGCAGGCGUUAAGAUCAAAACCUUAAGGCUUUGCAACUCCUCAGGAAAAAAGCAAGAUGCCCCAGUCCCGAUGCUGGGCCUCAAGACUGGACUCCCCCGUCUGUAGGGUGGGGUAAGUGGUUCACCUUUAGGAAGUCAUUUCUCCAGUGAGGUGGACUGUAGAUUCCUGCAGGAAGUGAUACCGAUAUGAGCCCGGCCUUCUGAACACCCUGUGCUAAUUAGAGCAGCAGUAGAUCCAUGUAGCCUCCUGCACCCCAUUUCUGUCCCAUUGGGUAGAAAACAGCAUUUCAGGGUUAAGGCUUGGUCUUGCAUAACAAAUAUGACUUAUGCCAGGGAAGGUACAGGCUGACUGUGGAGACACCCAGAACCAGAACAGGUAGGCCUGCUCCACCCAGGGUCACCAUGGGGGCCUGGCCGACGUUAGGGUCUUGGGGAGUUUCCAGAGCUCUGAGGGGAGGUGAGGACUUUGAGGGCCCUCUCUCGGCCAGCACGCAGCUUGGUUAUGGGAGGGAGUGGAUACGGGAGGGAGAGGCAGGUGUCUGAGCCACGUGCACAGACCCAGACUUGCCUUUUGGCCUCCUCGCACAUGACUGAGCAUUUUUUGCUCAGAACCCAAAGGGACUUUCUCCAAAAUCCUCCAUUAGCCGGAUCCUCUGCUGCUGUGUUAGCCUCUGAGAACCUGCCCCUGUCACUCGCCUGUGCACGGGCACAGGUGCGCUGCCCAGGGCACAGGUGCGCAAGGUCAGUGAGGGCCCAGCAGCUGCAUGGUGCUGCGUUUCAUAGUUAGAAAACCAGUGGGUCCACUCUUGUAAAAGAGACAGUGUGGGGUGUGGCUGUGUACAUGUCAGGUCUGCUUUUAUUGUUCAUAGUCUGAAAGCAUUCAGACUGGUUUAUAAUUGAACAAAAAGUUGGUGGUUGGAAUAAGUAAAAUGUCAGUGCAUCUGUCUUAAGAAAGAUAACUACCAGAUUGCCAUGUGUUUAAGGAGGCAGUAGCAUUUAAGGGUGUUGUCACAGAAAAUCAGGCAUCUCUGGCUGCCCAUUAGUAGCAUCUUUAUACUUGCUUCUGUAUAAAGAGGCCAGUUUUUAGUUCAGGGGCCUUUCUCACAUCCUGCCCAUUGGCCCUGGCAGGGGAUGGGCUCUGAGGAAGCAGUGAGGCCCCAGCCCUUUUCUCUGAGCCGCAGAGUAUGGUCUCAGGCAGCAUAAGGCUUAUUUGAGGGUUUUCCUAACCAUGCUCACCUCCACUCCACUCUUGCUCCCCUUCUGUUGCAAGUGUUUUUGUUGCGGCCUAGGUCCAGGUCCAGGUGCGGUCUCCCUUUGGCCAAGUUCAACAAGUAUUUCCAAGGAACCCUUUGGAUGGAGGCAAAGUAGCCAAGACGUGUUGAGUUUAACUUUUUCUGAAGGACAAAGUAUUUGUCCCUCCCCAGUCAUGCUUAUAUAUGUUUUGUCUGAAGCUUAAAUGACCAAGGCUCCAGAGCUGAGACAGAGAGCCAGGAACUCACGCACCCAGACCAGACUGUUCUGACCCCACCAGAAGUCUGCUUUUGUCUCCUUCCAUCAGGACCACACAGAAAAGCAGACAGCUUAGCCUUCCCGGUGAUCUGGUUCCUCGGUGGCCAUUCUGCAGGUGAGAAUGAGUCACCUGUUGAGGAGUGUGCUGAGUGUUUGUUUGUAGAAGGGGUAGAGAGCGGAGGGACCAAUGAGCUGAGCCCACACGUCCUGGGGAAAGGUGGCAGAAUAAUCUUGAAUGAGCUCAACAGAACCGGGGAAUACAAGGAUAGGCACCUGUUUGGGAGGAGAGGUUGGUUAUGGUCCCUUAACCUCCAGGAACCUGGCGCUGUGUUGUGGAACCGGGCUUUGGGAGUAUUGCCCUUACCACAAUCCCAGUGCGCUCUGGGACCUCAGCGCUCCCGACCCACGGGGAAUGGCCCUGUUUUCCAUUUUUUUUUCAUUCCCAAAACAACCUUGCUUGGUAUUGUAUGGAAAAUCAUGUUUUCCUCUCUGCCCAUUCAGAGCUACCAGGCCAGAUAUGGCCUCCUCCCAGUCUCUCCACAGCGUUCGCUAGGAAGGCCUUCUCAGUGCUCUUCGGGGCCAAGGGGAGGGGGACAGUUCAGAGAAGGCGGAAGGAAACUGAGUUUGCCGGCUUCCCUUUCUCUCGGAGGCCGUCCUUUGGCUUCCUUCACACCUAUUUCCUGUGGGUGCAGGCAGUUGUGGAGGAAGGCUGAAAAGAAAGUCCAGGUUUGGGUACGAGACAGGUACUCCGAGAUUUGCGUCCCACUUCCCCCCUGUAAUAAUUGGCCAGCCGCGUGUAGCUGCCCCCUUACUAAAGUAUCCCCGGUGUAAUGCUGGCAGCAGAGGACAGCAAAGCCCUCCCCCAUAGCCUAGAUGGAGCCCUGGUAUUACCCCUAAAAUCCUACCCCCCGUCCCACUCCUUGUGUAAAAACAAAUGCUUUAACCCGUGAGUGUGCUGUUCCUUCCUAUGUGUUAAUCAGUUUUCUUUCCACUUGAACUGUGUGGGAGGGAAGGGCAUUGGAAUUGUAGGUUGUAAUAUUGUGCCAAUCAAUAAAAACCAAUAUUUCUCACACA